AUGACACGAAAUGGCGGAGGGAAGAAGAGUCGGAUUGGACGUGAGGAGCAGGUCUUACCACUAACUCUGCUCAGACGAGGUCAGGCAGACGUGCCAACCCUCGCUGACCCCAAAAGCAGCGUCUUUACCCAUUUUUUCGCGUCUUUCCCCCGGAGAUCGACACUACAGCGCCUGGCGAUAGCCCGUUUCUGCUUUCAUUUUGUCCGUCCGAGUGAAAGCAGAUUCAUCAACACCGACAAGCAUAUGCUGCUCCCCGGCCAACCCCAGCCAGUCGGCUGCUGA